AUGGCUGAUGAGGUAACUCUCUUGAAUACCCGGCCCAGCCUUUUUGGGAUCCGGGUGAAAAUUGCCUUGGCCGAGAAAGGUAUCGAGUACGUGCACAAGGAAGAGAACUUGCAAGACAAGAGUCCUCUGCUUCUGAAGAUGAACCCUAUUCAUAAGAAGAUCCCCGUUUUGAUCCAUAACGGGAAACCCAUCUGCGAAUCGCUCGUCAUUUUUCAAUACAUUGAUGAGGUAUAUGACUCUGGGAGAAGGGCAGUGAUGACGACAGAUGGAAAAGAGUUGAUAGAAAGCUUAAAAUUGUUGGAAGGAGAGCUUGGAGAGAAACCUUACUUCGGAGGAGAGAAGUUUGGCUAUUUGGACUUGAGCUUCAUUCCCUUCUACACUUUAUUUAAUUCCUUCGACACAUAUGGGAAUGUUGCUGCCAAAAAACCCCGCUAG